UGCUGGCGCCCGAGCCUUGGCUCAGCCCCCAGGAGUCCAGCGAACCGCUGCUCCCUCGUGGUGUGAGGGCGGUGAUGUUUUUCCUCCCACCCACUUUUGGGUCCCCCCGCCCCCCUCGCGCGCACUCUAGCUCUCUCCACAACCUGCGAGCCACAGAUCUCAGAGGAGCGCCAGGGAGAGCUUGGAGCGCGUGCACCGGUGGAAGAGAGAGGAAGCCAGUGAACAGCUUGACUACACCAGACCCUGGAAGUUUUGAGUUGCCUUUUGCAGUGGCCAAAAUGAGAAAUAAGUGGAAAAUGGGAGGAAUAAAAUACAUCUUUACCUUGUUGCUGUUCUUUCUUUUCCUAGAAGGAAGCAAAACAGAGCAAGUAAAACAUUCAGAGACAUAUUGUAUGUUUCAAGACAAGAAGUACAGAGUGGGAGAGAGAUGGCAUCCCUACCUGGAACCAUAUGGCAUGGUUUACUGUGUGAACUGCAUCUGCUCAGAGAAUGGGAAUGUGAUUUGCAGCCGAGUCAGAUGUCCAAGCCUUCAUUGCCUCUCUCCCGUGCAUAUUCCUCAUCUGUGCUGCCCUCGCUGCCCAGAAGACUCCUUACUCCCAGUGAACAAUAAGGUAACCAGCAAGUCGUGUGAGUACAACGGGACCACUUACCAACAUGGUGAGCUGUUCAUGGCUGAAGGACUCUUUCAGAACCGGCAACCCAAUCAGUGCACCCAGUGCAGCUGUUCGGAGGGAAAUGUGUACUGUGGUCUCAAGACUUGCCCCAAAUUAAGCUGUGCAUUCCCUGUCUCUGUUCCAGAUUCCUGCUGCCGGGUAUGCAGAGGGGAAGGAGAAUUGUCGUGGGAACAUUCUGAUGGUGAUAUCUUCAGGCAACCUGCCAACAGAGAAGCAAGACAUUCUUACCACCGCUCUCACUAUGACCCUCCACCAAGCCGACAGGCUGGAGGCCUACCCCGCUUUACUGGGGCCAGAAGUCACCGGGGAGCUCUUAUGGAUUCCCAGCAAGCCUCUGGUACCAUUGUGCAGAUUGUCAUCAAUAACAAACACAAGCAUGGACAAGUGUGUGUUUCCAACGGAAAGACCUAUUCUCAUGGUGAAUCCUGGCACCCUAACCUCCGGGCAUUUGGCAUUGUGGAGUGUGUGUUGUGUACUUGUAAUGUCACCAAACAAGAGUGUAAGAAAAUUCACUGCCCCAACCGAUACCCCUGCAAGUACCCUCAAAAAAUAGAUGGAAAGUGCUGCAAGGUGUGUCCAGGUAAAAAGGCAAAAGAAGAACUUCCAGGCCAAAGCUUUGAUAGCAAAGGCUACUUUUGUGGAGAAGAAACAAUGCCCGUGUAUGAGUCUGUGUUCAUGGAGGAUGGGGAGACAACCAGAAAAAUAGCAUUGGAGACAGAGAGACCACCGCAGGUAGAGGUCCAUGUUUGGACAAUUCAAAAGGGCAUACUCCAGCAUUUCCAUAUUGAGAAAAUCUCCAAGAGGAUGUUUGAGGAGCUCCAUCACUUCAAGCUUGUGACCAGGACAACCCUGAGCCAGUGGAAGAUAUUCACCGAAGGAGAAGCUCAGAUCAGCCAGAUGUGUUCAAGUCGUGUGUGCAGAACAGAGCUUGAAGAUUUGGUCAAGGUUUUGUACCUGGAAAGGUCUGAAAAGGGCCACUGUUAGACGAGACAGUAUUGGAUAGGGUAAAGCAAGAAAAUUCAAGCUGCAGCUGGACUGCAGGCUUAUUUUGCGUAAGUCAACAGUGCUCUAAAAUACAAACUCAAAUGCAGUUAAUUAUUCACGCUAUGCACAGCAUAACUUGCUCCUUUAUGUGGAGUGGUGUGUCACCCCUUAACCAUCUUCUCCAAAGAGAUUGGAAGAGUCUUGAAUUAUUUGUAGGAAGAAGAGAGAUGGAACACCAUAACUCUGUUCUAGUUUCUUGGAGAAUCACAUUUCUUUACAGGUUAAAGAGUAAACAAAACCCCAGGGUUUCUAGCUAGAAAGUUAUUCAAUGAAAGAAAGAGAAAGGAAUCACUUCUUAGUAGGGGUUCUGUAAUACAGAUAAACAUAUUUGUAUGAAAUUAUACUCUUUGAAUUUUAGAAUGUCAUGUGUGUUUUUAAAAAAUUAACACCCCCCCCACACACACACACACUCUAAACUACAGCCUUCAUUAUGAGGCAACACCAGCAUAGACUCUCUCCUCCUUUUCUUGAACUGGCUUCCAAGUAGCUUGGCAGUUGUUAGAACCCAGAAGGAUAAAUAAGGAACUGUAAGCAGAAGGCUAUCCCGUUGGGCCUAUGGUAAGUUUUUUGAAGUCAUCAACUAUGGUAGCAGUUUGCAAAAUAAGAAUACCAUGUCAUGGCUGCAUGCACUUCAAAGUGGUAAAUAACUUUUCCCUAAUGAUACCACUUCCCUUUUCUCCCUGAAUGUACUGGGCCUUCAUGAAGAAGUUGGAAUUGGGUACCCUUUUCAGAAACUGAAUCCAUAUAAGAUAAGUAAUUGUUGAAUAAAGGAGUUGAUGCCUCUUUGUGUUUUCAAGUCAGUAAAACUCACCAUAUAAUAGUGCAAUACUCUUAAUUUUCUUGAGACCAUAGUUCUCUAAUUCAAAAAUGUAGGUGAAAUUAUUAAAUUGUAGAAGCUCCUUGAAAAGGCAGUUUCUAUUAUCCAAUUACAGUUGAUUUUUACUUUACUAAAGGUCUCAGUCUUCAUGAGCUCCUGAAUGUCAGCUCUUUAGUUAGGAGGAUUAUUGCUUAUUUGGGGAGAUGGUAAUUCUAAACAGAUCUUUUCCUAAACCUUCCUGCCAUUCUAAUCUCAGCCAUCAAGCAUGGAUUUGAAUCAUGAAUCCUAGAGAAGGCUGGUCCAAAAAUGUCUAUUUGUAGCCCAAUACAAGAGCAUAAGUUAUCCAUUCUGAGGCCUGGCUUUAGAAAUUAUUUUUGUGGGAAAACUAUAAAUUCUCCAUAGCAAGGAUGUCAAGCCUGCCUUUUAGAUUUAUCUCCUCUGAAAAGCAUGAAUGAAUUCUAGUGAGUAUUUAAAAAUAUUAAGGACUCAGAAAUCAAAUAUUUCUUAUUAUAUAAUCAUAGGUGAAAGCAACAUUUUUUCUUACAAUGUUUGACACCAAUAGGGACAAAUGAAAAAAAGUUUAGUCUGUAUGAGAACUUGCACUAGGAGUCUGUUUUCAUAAAAGAGCAUAAAAGAGCACGAGGCAGGUGUUUCAUGGCCAGACCUUCAUGGGACAACUUCUCACAACCCCUUUAUACAUUCUCCUCAGGAAAGGGAGGUAAGACAUCAGGGCUGAAAGGCAUGGAGCCUUAUUGGAGAGAGGGUGUUAAAUUGCUGCUGUCUCCCUCCCAGAGGUGGCAGUAUUUCCAUAGUGUGGAAAGAAGUAACUGAUCCUGAAGCAAAGUGGUGAUUUCCCCUUCUUGAUGACUCACCCCAAAGCCUUCCCACCCAGGUGUUCUCUGAAACCUUCAGAGAACACCCAGAGAGUUUCCCUAGAUAGAUUCCUACCCCCAGGUGAUAGGACACACCUUUACAAAAUGCUGUGUGAAGUAGGAACUAGGGAACUGUGCUGGGCCAACAUAGAAACCCUCCAGUGUUUGAUGUUGUGUAGGGAGUAGGACAUAGGAAGAAGAGGCCAAAUGCCUGUAGUUAGUAGAUAGGAAUGGAUGUGGUUCUUCUUGUGUAUUUAUUUGUAUUAUAAACACUUGGAACAACAAAGACCAUAAGUACUAUUUAGCAGUUGUAGUCAUUUUAUAGUUAACUCAUGUAAACAAUUAAGAGUAACAUAACAGUAUUAUCCUUUGACUCUUCCCACAGGACAUGUACCUAAAUAUGGUACUUAUUUAUGUAGUCACUGUAUUUCUGGAUUUUUAAAUUAAUAAAAUGUUAAUU